AUGUCAACACACGACGCUUCACAGCCAAACCCAGAGGACGAGGACUCAACAACGUUUGGUAGGGUAUAUAUCGCCCUCGGCAGCAACGUCGGUGAUCGGCUUCAGAACAUCGAGAAUGCCUGCCGCCUUAUCGAUGCGGAUGCGGACAUGCGCAUCCUUCGAACGAGCCCAUUGUACGAGACCGCGCCGAUGUACGUGGAAGACCAGGGUCGUUUCUUGAAUGGAGCCUGCGAGAUCACGACUACUCUGGACCCGAUGUCGCUGCUGGACAGACUGCAAGGGAUUGAGAAGACCUUGGGGAGAGAGAAGAUGAUCGACAAGGGUCCGCGGAAUAUCGACCUGGACAUAUUGAUGUUCAGGAACGAGCAGAUGAAGACGGAACGGCUGACGAUUCCGCAUGCCUUGAUGCUCGAAAGGGAGUUCGUGCUCCGUCCAUUGUGCGACAUCGUAACAGCCAAGAUGCGAGGAGUGCCGGGAGUGAGGGUGUCCACACUUCGGGCACUCCACAACCUUGUUGCAAAGAAUCCUCCUCAGGCAAUGUUUGCGCUCACAAAUCUCGGGCAUGAGGGCGAUGACAUCCGCAGUCGUGACCCCCGCUUCCCGACGCGCAUCAUGUCCAUCGUGAACGUCACACCAGAUUCCUUCUCUGAUGGAGGACAUUACAAACCAAAUAAUUUGGAGACAUUCCGGACGUUGGUGAAGGCGCAGAUUGCGGCGGGAGCAAGCAUAAUCGACGUUGGCGGACAGUCUUCUCGACCGAACGCCCCGGACGUUACCGCUGAAGAGGAGAUUGCGAGAGUGCUGCCUGCAAUCGAGGCCAUCAAGGCUUUACCCGAGGCUGCUAAAGUCUCCAUCUCGGUGGACACAUAUCGCGCUGCGGUCGCCGAGGCCGCGGUGAAAGCGGGCGCGCACAUUGUCAACGACAUCUCCGGCGGUACCCUCGAUCCAGACAUGUUCGCCACCGUUGCACGUCUCGGAUGUACGUACGUCCUGAUGCACAUGCGCGGUACGCCGGCGACGAUGAUGAGCGAGGAGAACUGCUCCUAUCCUCAAGGACUUAUCGAGACAGUCAAGGGAGAGCUGCAGGAAAGGAUCGAGGAGGCGAUGCUCGCGGGCAUUCGACGAUGGCGCAUCAUCCUUGAUCCCGGCAUUGGCUUCUCCAAGACCGUCGAGCAAAAUGUGGAGCUUUUGAGGAAGUUUCGCACGUUGACUUCCGGCGGGUCAUCGAAAGCAUACGCCUGGUUGGCCGGCAGUAGUCGCAAGAGUUUUAUCGGGAAGGUGACUGGGGUGGAGGAUCCGAAGGAUAGAGCGCUGGGCACCGCGGCUACGGUCACUGCGGCGAUUCAAGGCGGCGCGCAUAUUGUUCGGGUUCAUGAUGCGGGGGAAAUGAGUGCGGUGGUGAAGAUGGCCGAUGCCAUUUAUCGCGCGUGA